UCAGGUAUUUUGUAGCGAAGACUUGCAUAGCACAUUGCACUUUGAGGUCUUCCUGAGCGUCUGCAGAGCGGAACAGACCAGUCAGAAAGGCGGUGACACACGUGUCACCUUAGCUGACGUUGUCGCUGUGAUCGCGAUUUUUUUUUGUUGCGGAUUUUCUUGUUUUCUUCGUCAGAACAAGGAACUGUUCCUGGCGCUGAAUCUCGAAAAGAAAACUCUCCACAACAGGGUUUAACGUCUCUCACACUCGGGCCGUUUUCCCGCUCGUUUUAUCGCUACGCUAACGCCCCCCACCAUGGACGCUCCAACGGAAAACUCGGAGGGUGGCUGCGGGGACCCGGCGCGCGACGACGAGGAGGCGCUCUGGGAGAAUGUGGAGAGCAACCGCUACAUCCUCAGCCGCUACAUCAACCCCAACAAGUUGACGCCGUACCUGCGGCAGUGCAAGGUGAUCGACGAGCAGGACGAGGACGAGGUCCUGAACUCAUACAUGCUCACCUCCAGGGUCACCCGCGCAGGUCGACUCCUGGAUAUCUUACACACUAAGGGUCGCCGGGGCUACGUGGUGUUUCUGGAGAGCCUGGAGUUCUACUAUCCGGACCUCUACAAGCUGGUCACGGGGAAGGAGCCCACACGCAGGUUCUCCACCAUCGUGGUGGAAGAGGGUCACGAGGGCUUGACGCAGUUCCUGAUGAACGAGGUGAUCAAGCUGCAGCAGCAAACCAAAGCAAAGGACGUGCAGCGUGUAGACAUCAUGGGCAAGCUUCGCACGCUGGAGGACGAGGACAAGAAGCUGCGGCUGGCCAACCAGGAGCUGCUCACCUUCCAGGAGCGCUACAACAAGAUGAAGGAGGAGUGUAACAUCAUCAACAAUGAGCUGUGCAAGGUUAAGGAUGACAACUACACCCUGGCCAUGCGUCUGGCGCAGCUCAGCGAGGAGAAGAACAUGGCCGUCAUGAGGAGCCGCGACCUGCAGCUGGAGAUUGACCAGCUGAAGCAUAAGCUGAACAAGGUCGAAGAGGAAUGCAAGAUGGAGAGGAAGCAGUCGCUGAAGCUGAAGAACGAUAUCGAAAAUCGCCCUCGCAAGGAGCAGAUCUUUGAGCUGGAGCGGGAGAACGAGGUGUUGAAGAUGAAGGUUCAGGAACUGCAGUCUAUCAUACAGCCAGGGAAGCAGGUGCUGCCUGAUUCAGAAAAAGCAAUUGUGGACAUCCUGGAACACGAUCGCAUGGAGGCCCUAGAGGACCGGCAGGAACUGGUUAACAAGCUAUAUAACCUGCACGAGGAGGUCCGGCAAACUGAAGAGCUUAGGGACAAGUACUUGGAGGAGAAAGAAGACCUGGAGCUGAAGUGCUCAACGCUGUUGAAGGACUGCGAAAUGUACAAGAACCGCAUGAACACGGUCAUGGUGCAGCUGGAGGAGGUGGAGCGGGAGCGGGACCAGGCCUUCCGCUCCCGUGACGAAGCCCAGAGCCAGUUCUCUCAGUGCCUGAUUGACAAAGACAAGUACCGCAAGCAAAUCCGCGACCUAGAGGAGAGGAGUGAUGAGCUGCAUAUUGAGAUUGUGCGUAAGGAGGCCAAGAUCGUCAACUUGGAGGCCAAAUUGAGGCGUCUGUCCAAGGAGAAUGGUCUGGACCAGAGUUUACCUCGAGACAUGCCUCUGCCUAUUAUGACGCUGACCUGCAGUCAGCAGGAUGCCAAACGAGAUGGUCAAGACUAUGACUCUGAUGAGGAGUCCCCCGUGGACCCAAAGUUCUUCCUCCCAGGGUCUCGGAUUAAACGUCAACUAAACCUGAGGAAUGUUAGAGCCAAGUCUCCAGUCACAGCCCCCAAAUCCCUGGAUUUUCAAGCAUCCACCCCCGUUGAACUGUCGGACGCAGCCAGCACAGAAACCAGCUCAAUGAUCACCACCUCCACCAGCUGUAACAGCUUUCCUGUUACCCCUGCUGGCACUGAGGAGAUGUACAACAAAAACGUUCUGCGCUCUCGCAACGACAGCAUGUGGUCCACAUUCCCAGAGCCACCGGGGAAUGAUUCCAUUGUCCGGAGGAACAAAGAGGGGGGGUACAUAAGUACACUAAAAAGCAUCUGUGACUUUGAAUGUGACAGUGGGGACAACAUGGACAUUGAUGAAGACACUGACAGAUCAUCUCACGGGCCUCCCUCCAUUCACUCCUCCUCCUCCUCACACCAAUCCGAGGGUUUCGAGUCCUAUGACCUGGAGCAAGUCAACAACAUCUUCCGGAAGUUCUCCUUGGAACGGCCCUUCAGACCAUCUCUGAACUCCUUCACGCGCCUCAACAGCACCGUUCGGCCGAUACAAGACGUCACGGUUCCAGGGGAUUCCUUCCUGUCUGAGGUCAUUCUGGUGGGGGGCAAUGACAGCGGCAUCUUUGUCUCCUCUGUCCAGCCUGGGUCCCAUGCAGACCGGGCAGGCCUGAAAGAGGGGCACCACCUCCUGAUGCUUGCAGGUUGUAUCCACGGGGAGAACCAGAGUGUGAACCUGGACACCUCUACUAAGGAAGAGGUCCACUGGACCUUACAAAGAUGCACAGGACCGAUCCAGGUUCACUUCAAGUCCAACAUCGAUGGUUAUAAGAAGUUACAGAGAGAGAUGGAUGAGGGCUCUGUGGUGUCUGGAGACUCCUUCUACAUCAGGCUCAACCUCAACGUGGGUCCAUCUGACAACUGCACGCUGUCGGCACGCUGCGACGAGGUUGUCCAUGUACUGGACACCAUGUACAACGGCAAGCACGAGUGGCUGUGCGCACGUGUCGACGGCGUCACCGACAAGGACUUGGAGAGGGGCACCAUCCCUAGCUACUCCAGGGCUCAGCAGCUUCUCCUGGUGAAGAUCCAGAAGCUGAUCUACAGGGGGAGCAGAGAUGAGACAGAAACCUUGCGUGGGUUCAGGAGUACACUGCAGCCUGAAGAAUCUCCCGCACCCCCAGACCCAAAGUCCAGCCCCCGACUCUCUCGUGCCAGCUUCUUCAUCUGUCAGUUUCUGCAGCUCGUCAGCAGGAACGACAAUAAGUACAAACGGCUGAACAGCAGCGAGAGGGUCCGGAUCGUCAACGGGUCGAGUUCUACACUCUCUCGCCCUGGUUUUGAAACCAUGAAGUCAGAAGACCUGGAUGCGGAGAGCGACCUGAACAAAAGCCUGAAUCUCAUUCCCUACAGUCAUGUGACUCAGUGUCACUGUCAGCGCAAGAGGCCCGUCCUCUUUGCACCCAAUGUUCUGGCCAAAACCAUCGUGCAGAAGUUUCUGAACCUGGCAGGGGCUAUGGAGUUCAACAUAUGCAAGCCGGACAUCUUAACCAAGGAUGAAUUUCAGCUGAAGCAGAAGAUCGAGCCUAUUAUUUACUCUAAAGAGAAGCAUGCCAAUACAUUUGAGUGUAUCACCCCAGAAAACAUCGAGGCAGUGGCUGCGAAGAACAAGCACUGCCUUUUGGAAGCCGGUCUUAACUGCGUUAAAGAUCUGCUAAGGAGGGAAAUAUAUCCCAUCAUCAUCUUCAUCAAAACCAGCGAGAAGAAUAUUAAAAAAUUAAGGAGGCUGCCGCUGAAGGUCGACUCAGAGGAGGACUUCCUGAAGAUGUGCAGGUCAAAGGAGAAGGAGAUUGAGGGGCUUCCAUGUCUCUACGCCUCUGUGGAACCGGACUCGUGGAACACAGUCGAGGACCUGCUGAAGGUCAUAAAGGACAAAAUCUUGGAAGAGCAGAAGAAAACCAUCUGGGUGGAGUUGGACCAGCUUUGAGGGAUGCCAUUUCAGAGAUGCCAUUUCAGUCUCCACAGAGAUGCCUUACAACUUUGGUGUUAAAUGGGCUAUCAGUUCUCUGUUCUACUGGACCAACACUUUCAUGAAAGUUGAAAUGUAGCACAGAAAAUUAACUGGAAAUAGGAGAAGUUUUUGUGUGUGUGUGUGGUGGGGGGGGGACUGAAAGUGUGCAAAUGGAAACAGAAGAAGCUGAGAUGAGUUUUGGUGCUAAGAAGCGGCAUGAGAUUUUAAAUAGGAAGGGACUGAUUCAUUUUGUCUUUGCACUACAGGCGGCUGGAUGAAACCUUCAUUUGCCCCUGCUUUGGUUGUAACGCCCAUGAAAUGCUGUUUGCUGCUCUCCCAGGGAGCCGUCACAGGAACUAAGGGUCACAUACACUAUAAUGUAAAGGGCUAAAGACAAAGAGUCAACAGAUCUGUAUUAAAAAAUAUGCAAACUUUCUGAAAAAAGAAAACAUUUAAAUACCCCAAGACUUUCUUCAGAGUGGUAUAAGUGGAUGAAUUUAGAUUUAAGAAGUCACUUCUCUGUAUUUACUUUCUUGUGAAUCUUUGGAAUCCAAGAAGAAAUAUUUUAAAAGGUAUUAAUUGCCCAACUUAAUGCCAGAUAAAAUAAAGACUUGUAAUACUUGUUCAUAAAUCAAAAGCAUGUACUGGGAAGUUAACAUGGCCUGGUGUAACUGUACUGAUACUUGUUACUUACAGCUGUUUUAAUGCAAGUCAUGUCAUACAUAUAACUGAAAUGUGUUAAAAUUAUUUUAGGUUGAUUCCUGUGAGUUGCUCAGGUUAUAGAUUCAUCCAGACAUACAUUUGCUGAUCUUUACUUCUUAGUCAGUCAAGGUUAGUCAGUUAGUCUUGCUGCAGUAACUGUAUUUUUUUUAUAUAUAUAUAAAUGGGUGGUCAACCACAAAUCUUCUGAAGGGGCACUGACUUAGCAAAAACCUGCCCCCACCCCCCAAAUAGUUCAUGUUUUUGAUGAUUCCAUGUUUAUCAUUUUUUUUAGCAUUUGAAAUAUUUAUAUGUAAAACAUACUCUGCUCAUUUAAUGUCACUUCAUUUUCCAUGCAGUAAAUGCAUAUUUUGAAAGAAUCUAUUUAUUAAUGUUAAAUGAUUUAAUAUUAUUAUGCAAAUAAUAUCAAAAUUAUAAUGACUCAAAAUGAUUUCCCCUAGUUCUAUUAAAUAAAUUAAAUGUU